UACAGAUAGACCUUCCCUGGCCUGUCAUCUGCCUGGAUAGCACCUGGCACUGCAGAGUGAUAGUUUACAUUCAAGAGAAAAUAAUCCAGAAAAAGAACAAGCAGAUCAAGAUGUGCAGCUCUGUGGCUGCCAAAUUGUGGUUUUUGACAGAUCGCCGCAUCAGGGAAGAUUACCCCCAAAAAGAGAUCUUGCGAGCUUUGAAGGCCAAAUGUUGUGAAGAGGAACUGGACUUCAGGGCUGUGGUGAUGGACGAGGUGGUGCUAACAGUUGAACAAGGAAACCUAGGUCUGCGGAUCAAUGGAGAACUCAUUUCAGCCUAUCCCCAGGUGGUGGUAGUGAGAGUCCCCACCCCUUGGGUGCAGAGUGAUAGUGACAUCACUGUGUUGCGUCAUCUGGAGAAGAUGGGCUGCCGAUUGAUGAACCGACCUCAGGCCAUACUGAAUUGUGUUAAUAAAUUUUGGACAUUUCAAGAGUUAGCUGGCCACGGAGUUCCUCUGCCAGACACUUUCUCUUACGGUGGCCAUGAAAAUUUUGCUAAAAUGAUUGAUGAAGCAGAAGUGCUGGAAUUCCCAAUGGUAGUAAAGAAUACACGGGGUCAUAGAGGCAAGGCUGUUUUCUUGGCACGAGAUAAGCACCAUUUGGCUGAUCUAAGCCAUCUUAUUCGCCAUGAAGCUCCGUACCUGUUUCAGAAGUACGUGAAGGAAUCUCACGGACGGGAUGUGCGUGUCAUUGUCGUGGGAGGCCGUGUAGUUGGCACCAUGUUACGCUGUUCCACAGAUGGGAGGAUGCAGAGCAACUGCUCACUAGGCGGUGUGGGAAUGAUGUGCUCAUUGAGUGAACAAGGAAAGCAGCUGGCUAUCCAGGUGUCUAAUAUUCUGGGAAUGGAUGUGUGCGGCAUUGACCUAUUGAUGAAAGAUGACGGCUCCUUCUGUGUCUGCGAGGCCAAUGCAAAUGUAGGUUUCAUCGCCUUUGAUAAGGCAUGUAAUCUAGAUGUAGCUGGUAUCAUAGCGGACUAUGCCGCCUCCCUUCUGCCCUCUGGCCGGCUCACCCGGCGCAUGUCCCUGCUCUCCGUGGUGUCCACGGCCAGUGAGACUAGUGAGCCGGAGCUGGGUCCCCCUGCCAGCACUGCUGUCGACAACAUGAGCGCAAGUUCCAGCUCUGUCGACAGUGACCCUGAAAGCACGGAGCGAGAGCUGCUCACCAAGCUCCCAGGGGGCCUGUUCAACAUGAACCAGCUGCUAGCCAGUGAGAUCAAACUCCUGGUGGAGUGACUCCACCAGCCAAUAACUAACCAACAAAACCCUUGUAAAAUUUUCUUUUCAGUUCUUUUUUUCUUUUUUAACCAACUUGCAAUGCUGUUCAUGUAAGAUGCUUAGGAGGAUGAGAGAAAAUGUGUAAGAUUAUUUGGAGAGAAAAGGGGAAAUAAAUGAGACCUCUGCUGGUAACAUAUGCUGACUUUCAUUUGCAGACACUACAGAGAGGCAGAAGUGGUGAUAAUAAAAAACAAAGUGAGGCUCUCACAGUUAACUUUUAAAUCACUGUGAAAUUUGUAUGCGCUGAGGCCAUGCCGUGAGGAACACGAACAUUUUGUUCACGGUCUCACCUUUGUUUAUAACAAAACAUUUUUUUAUAUACAAAUACCCGAUAGCAUAACUUUACAUUGCAUUGUGAGAUUUGUAAAGAGUGGGAGAAACAUCUAUCUGAAUUACAGAAAUUUUUAUAUACAAAUCUGAAAAUCCUGACAUUUCACUGUUAGCAGCUUUAAUUUAUAGCUUGAGAUCUCAAGGGGCGCUCCUAUUUGAAUUCUCAUUUUUGUCUUUUUUUCCUUUUAAAAUAUGACCCAAUAAAGGCUUUUUAGUGACAAAAUUGGCAUGCUUGCAUGAUGAAAGGAAAUGAACAGUAUUGCAAUGUCUGGUAUACAAAAUAGCAUUUACUCAAUGUAGAUAAAAUUACCCUAGUUUACAAUAUGUGGAUUGACUUGUAUUUGUUAGUGCUUUAAAGUCUUUUUGAAAGACAUAUGCUCUGUUAAUGUUGCAUUUUUUUAAUACAUGCUAGUCUAACAUUCCCUGCUCUAUGCCUGCAUCUUUAACAAUGGCCAAAGUGAGAAAAAUGCUACCUUUUUGUUAACAAGAUACUGACUUGAAAUAUGUACAUUUAAAGCCUUUUCAUUUUCUUUUGGUGGUUGGACAUUUAAAGAAUAAGGUCAAGGAAAAUAUUUUUAGGGGGCAGAUCAAGGGCCUGUAAGUUCUUAAGUAUAACAGUUAAAGUUAUUUCUAAUGCCAGCAUUAUAUAUUUGCAUUUUCCACAUUUUACAAGGAAGUAUAUAUAUAUAUGUAUGUGUAUAUGUGCACGCAUG